GGCUAAUGACCUUUCUAUAAAUAGUAUCCAAGAUGGCGGAGUCUAUUGCGGUUCAAGCGUGCAAAAAGCGAGUGGACGAAGCGGUAACUGCAAUGGUUAAUCAGCUAGAUCAGGAAACAUUCAGACCUAUGCAGAGAGACAUGUACCUCAAAAGUGCCAAAUGCUGUGAAAACCCCACUGCAAGUAUGGCAGAGGUACAGAGCUGCAUAGAAAGAUGCUCUCAGCCUCUGCAGUCAGCGCAGAACUACAUGCAGUCAGAGUUGAAUGAUUUUCUGGACAGACUACAACGCUGCGGCAUGCAGUGUCAGGACAACAUUAAAGACCGCUUGCAGCCAUCGGCAACGCCAGCCCAGUUGGACAAACUCAAGGACGAAUUGGAAGACUGCGUCAUCAAAUGCGGGGAGAAGCACAUAGGCCUCCUAGGCUCAAUGAAGCAACGAAUCAAAUCCAACAUGGCCCAGUAUCGCUGAUGGAAGACGCGACAGACUCUGGGACUUGGUAACUUCAAUAGAAACCUUUGCUGCUGUGCAGAGAGGGUCUGGAGACCAAACCAGAUAUUGAAAUGGUGGCUUUGACACUUGAAAAAAUUUGAAUUGGAAUCGGACGCUGUGUAGAUGGAUGGAAUUAUCGUGAAUGUCUUCCUACAGUUCAACUCUUUAAAGAGAAUGUAUGAUAAGGGGUGAUCUCAUCUUGAUAUUUUGGCCAGUCAAAUGUUGGAGAAGUGAAACAGUAACAGGGUUUCAGUCGAAUCAUUACUACCCUUUAGUUUGGAAAUGUACUUCUCAGGGUCCGACUUAGGUGGUGAUAGGGGACUGCCCGUCUGUUCAGAUUGAAUUUGUACACAUACAUAUAAUCUUCUUUUGGAUACCUCAAAUUUUUGACCAUACAUGUAUAUUAGUAACUUAAGCAGACCAAGCCCAUACAUGAAGCUACGUGUAAACUUUUAUUCAAAGUGUGUAUUAUGUGGGAAGUUAAAGGGAAUUUACAACACUUGCAAACAU